AUGCAAAGUCCUAUUGUGCCUUCAGAACGAGAGCGUGGUUCCCAGAAGCUGUGGAGCGCGUCGGUGAUUGAUGCACGAUACACGCAUGAAUAUAUCUAUGGUGUAUUUGUGAUGGGACUAUUGGACAAAUUCUUUUCCGGGUUCAAUGCCACAAUACUUGCCUAUGGUCAGACUGGUUCUGGCAAGACUCACUAUGGAGACUUGGAUGAAAAUGCAGGGGUUAUACCGCGAAUAAUGUGCGAUAUCUUUGAACGCAUUAAAACGUUAGAAAGUGAAUAUGACUUCGUAGCGAAACAAGCCAUAUAG